AUGAGCGGCAUGGCGCCGCGAGCAAGGGUGGCGGUGUAUAAGGCGGUGUGGGGCGGGGAGAGCAGCGUGGGGGAUGUGAUGGCUGCUGUGGAGCAGGCAGUGCGGGAUGGCGUUGACGGGCAUCUUCCCCUCCCUCUCCCUCCGUCUCCCCCUCUCCCCUUCUCCCCCCUCUCCUCUCUCCUCUUCGUUCCCCUCCUCCCCACCACCUCCCAUCCCGUGCUGGUAAGGGUUGGGGAGAGCAGCGUGGGGGAUGUGAUGGCUGCUGUGGAGCAGGCAGUGAGGGAUGGCAUUGACGUGCUGCUGUUGCCCAUUGGAAGCACCGAUGAUGACUAUUUCAACUCCGCCUUUCUCUUGAGGGCUGUUCAG